CGUAUAUAGACCGUUCUUAACGGCAUUCUAUCAUUACAACUUUGAUCUCUUCUAGAAACACGUCUUGGUGUGACUAACAUCAUCGGCUUCCUAUCGGAAAGCAGCCGAAACCAAGUGACUCAUUAUUAUUUUUUCAAUUGUGCGGCGAGUCAGUUUUGACGCGCGUUUCCUUUUUCAAUCUGGAUUUACGAACAUCUACUUCUAAGUCCAGGAUGGAGCAUUCGCUUUAUUCUGACACGGACGGCCCAGACUCAGCCGUGAAAAAACUAAAGCGGAGUAUGACUUUGGACUUUAAUUCUAGUUCAGCGACUAAACAGAAAAAGCUUGCAACAGUAUUAGCGUCUCCAGAUCUUAAUAUGCUGAAACUGGCCUCGCCUGAGCUCGAAAAGAUGAUUAUUCAAGCAAAUGGUAUGGUGACAACAACACCAACCCCGACCCAGUUUAUAUUUCCUAAAUUUGUGACCGAGGAACAGGAGGCCUACGCAAGAGGUUUUGUUGACGCUCUCGCCGAACUUCAAAGCAGUGGUGCAUUAUCGGCAAAUCGUACUCAAGAACUUACUCGAACUUUUACUACAUUAACAGUACCAACUGCACUCUCACAGAGCGCUACAGUGCCAACAUCUGCAGCCGUACCUAUUUUUGCAUCUGCAAACGAAUUGUCAACAACAACAUCUUUGCCCGGCGGUCCUAUAGGCAGAGGGCCAUCUACCGUAAAUCCCAUAAAAACUGUUAUACCAACAGCUAAGGCGAAUAUACCCGUAUCAUCUGCUGGAAUCGACGCAAGGUUACCGCAAAUUAAAGAUGAACCACAAACUGUACCGUGUUUAAGUUCUUCACCUCCACUUUCACCAAUAAACAUGGAAUCUCAGGAAAAAAUAAAGCUUGAGCGUAAACGAGCACGGAACCGAGUCGCCGCUCGAAAAUGUCGCACGCGAAAAUUAGAACGAAUUUCACGUUUGGAAGAUCGUGUAAAAGAACUUAAAGGACAAAAUAAUGAUUUAGUUACAACAGCAACGAGUCUCAGAGAUCAGGUGAUGAAACUUAAACAACAAAUUGUUGAGCAUGUAAAUAGCGGCUGUCAAAUAAUGACACAGAACAUGGCAUUUUGAUUAACUCGACACAUAGCUCAA